AUGAACUCGCGCUCGCUCCGCCGCCUCGCCGGCGACCACGCCACACUGCACGCCGACCUACCGCCCAACUACCUCUUCGCACCGCACACCGACCCAUCGGAUGACCUGACGCAACUCGACAUCCUGCUGGCAGGACCCGAGGGCACGCCGUACGCGGCCGGCCUGUACCGAUUGCACCUGGAGAUGCCGGCGACGUACCCGAACGCGCCACCGACGGCGCACUUCCGGACGCGCAUCUGGCACCCGAACGUCGAGGAGGCGACGGGCGCCGUGUGCGUCGACACGCUCAAGCGCGACUGGCAGGCCAGCCUGACGCUGCGGGAUGUGCUCGUCACCAUCAGCUGCCUGCUCAUCCAGCCCAAUCCGGCCAGCGCGCUCAACGCCGAGGCCGGCGCGCUGCUGCAGGAGGAUUGGGACGCGUUCUGCAGGCGGGCGCGGCUGAUGACGGGCAUCCAUGCGCAGAUUCCGAGGGAUCUGCGGCAGCACGUUGACGAGGCUAGGGGGAGAGGCGAGGAGAAAGUGGAGGAGAGGGGCGAUGCCGAAAAUGGUGCCACGCAGUCUGAGAUGAUUGUCGAAGAGCCGAGGGCGAGAGACAAGGGAAGGAGGAGCGCCAAGGGUAAAUCCAGAAUGACGCAAAAGGUGUCGGCAGCCGCAACAGCGGAGAUGGAAGAGAACGUUGGCUCGAGGCGCGACUCUGAGGACUGGAUACCCGCACCGCCCAGCUUCUCGACACCAACACCGUCAGCCAUCAAUACCACGGUUGCAUCGCAGGACUCUGCAUCCGCGAGCUCGUUCGAGUUCCCGAGCACGCCUCUCGCAAGCAUACAGACGCCCGGCACGGCAAAUGCACCUAUGCGCAUCACCAGGCAUACCGCUGCCAGCCUCGCUCAGCAAGCCGCAUAUCAAACUCCGCAGCGCACUAUGCAGUCAUCGCAUAGUCCAGAGCGUCCUCCGUCAAGCUCGUCUUCUCAUGGAUCGCUCAAUGGCCGUUUGAAUACCUUGUCCUUUGGCUGGGCGCCUGAGAAGACGGCUGGUGCGUUGAGGUAUUCACCAGAAGCGGCGCGGAAGGACCGACACGAGAUGCGGCGUUUCAAGGCUGCAGGAUAUUGUUUGAAGCGGUACAACCGUGGAGCUUUUGGACCUCGGAGGGGCUUGAAAAGAUUGUAG